AUGAGUAAAAUAAUAGAUGAGGAUUUUUAUUUAGGAGAGGUCUUAUGGAUGCCUAUUUAUAGUGAUGGACGUAUAAUCCACUCACUGAAAUUAAAGAAAUUGGGGAAAUUUAUAGAAGAGAUUGAGGCGUCAAAUACGACAGCACCUUUUUGUUUCACACAAAGAUCUUUCUUUGAAUGCUUUGACUUCAGAAAAUUGAAAAUAAACAGUCUGGCUGAAUUACAAUCACUGCAUGAGAAGGGUCAGAUGUUUUUGAACAGCUUUUAUACUGAUGGUUAUACAUGUAGAGUUUCUUUUUGUAGAAAAGAAAAACCUGUUUCAUCUUUGGAAAAUGUCACUCUGACCUUAAAUAGCUUCAAUAGCGAAGAGUUCAAACAAUUUUUCAGGCCAUGUACAGUCAAUAUGAAUAGGAAGGAUGCUUUUACAUUAUACCAUGGGGAAAAUGAUUCACUUUUUAUGAUUUCCAAACUGCUAGAAUACGGUGGUCCAACUAUAUCCGGAACCAAAAGGCUAUCAAUAUUUUGA